GCGGCCCCGUUCCCGACCGCGCCCCGGGCCCGCCGCCAUGGCGUGCGGAGCCACUCUGAAAAGGACUCUGGAUUUCGACCCGCUGCUGAGCCCGGCGUCCCCGAAGCGCAGGCGAUGUACGCCAUUGUCGGCGCCCGCCUCGGCCGCCGCCUCCCCGUCCGCCGCCGCCGCGGCCACCGCCUCCGCCGCGGCCGCCGCCGCCUCGCCGCAGAAGUACCUCCGCAUGGAGCCGUCCCCCUUCGGAGACGUGUCCUCCCGCCUUAGCGCAGAACAAAUUCUGUACAACAUAAAGCAGGAGUAUAAACGCAUACAGAAGAGAAGACAUUUAGAAGCUACUUUUCAGCAGACAGAUCCAGGUUGUAGUUCUGACGCACAGCCACCUGCAUUUCUCCUCGGUGGACCAGUGUCACCAGGGACUCCAUCUGUGGCCUCUUCACCAUUGAAAAAAGAACAGCCCUUAUUUACUCUACGGCAGGUUGGGAUGAUCUGUGAACGCUUGCUCAAAGAACGCGAAGAGAAAGUUCGAGAAGAAUACGAAGAAAUCCUGAACACAAAACUUGCAGAACAGUAUGAUGCAUUUGUGAAGUUUACGCAUGAUCAAAUAAUGCGGCGAUAUGGAGAACAGCCUGCUAGCUAUGUCUCCUGAGUCACUCUUUGCGUCUGUGGGCUGCCUGUCCUUGUCGAGCUGUACCAGAGGUCCUAGCUAUGACUGCAGUGAUGCCAGCUCCUUCUUGAACACAGGUUAUCUAAGCUGUCACCAGUGGCAACCACUUAGGCAGCAGCAGUUGGUUUUGGAAAUUUCCCAGAUUGUUAUUACCACCUGGAUGUGGACCUUUGCUACCUGUAUUAAUACCAGUGGCUUCACAUUGCUAUGUCAUUACAAUUUGGCUUCUUAUGUUAUGUUUGGAAAGAAUUAAAGCUGGUAUUCUAGAACAUGCCCUUCACUGGUUAUGUAAAUAAAACUGUAGAUUGAAUGACACUUCAGGUGAAGUUAGUGUGAUUUUAAUUGUGCACUACAACCAAGCUGUAACCAGUUAAUAAUUUAGAGUGUAAUCCCAGGCAAUUAGUCUACCAUUCUUCCUGUGAAAUAGUGAGGGAGGAGGGCAUUUCUGUAUUCCAGGACUUCUUGGGGCUUCAGAAUGGGUUUAUAUGAUUUCCUUUUUUUGGUAGUUUUAUUUAUUCUAUCAGUCUUUUUAACAAAUGUUUUAUUGCUGCAUUCCCUUCCCCCUUCCUGUGUAUCUUUUUUUUUUUUUUUACUGCCCUUGUAGUACUGGAGUUUAGUUGGAAUAAUAAAUAUUUACUUCUGUUCUGCUUGUUUUUUAAAUGUACACAUGGGUAGUAUUUGAAUAAAGCAAUGUUUCAAACACAA